UUAACUCUCCUUUCCUGCAGGAUGGCAUCGUCCUCGGAGCGGAUACGAGAGCGACUGAGGGCAUGGUUGUUGCUGACAAGAACUGUUCGAAAAUACACUUCAUUUCCCCUAAUAUCUACUGCUGUGGUGCUGGAACAGCUGCAGACACUGAGAUGACAACUCAGCUCAUCUCCUCCAACCUGGAGCUCCACUCCCUGUCCACAGGACGGCUCCCACGAGUUGUCACCGCCAAUCGGAUGCUCAAGCAGAUGCUGUUCAGGUACCAAGGCUACAUCGGUGCGGCGCUGGUGCUGGGGGGAGUGGAUGUCACGGGCCCCCACCUGUACAGCAUCCACCCCCACGGAUCCACCGACAAGCUGCCCUACGUCACCAUGGGUUCUGGAUCGCUCGCGGCCAUGGCGGUGUUUGAAGAUAAAUACAAACCCGACAUGGAGGAGGAGGAGGCCAAGCAGCUGGUGCGGGACGCCAUCGCAGCCGGCAUCUACAACGACCUGGGCUCCGGCAGCAACAUCGACAUCUGCGUCAUCAGCAAGAACAAGCUGGAUUUCCUCCGUCCCUACGAUGUGGCCAACAGGAAGGGGGACAGGUUUGGUAGGUACAAGUGUGAAAAAGGAACAACUGCUGUUCUCACAGAGAAUGUGGCACACCUGGAGCUCGAGGUGUUGGAUGAGACCGUGCAAACCAUGGACACAUCCUGAGCCCUGUGGGUGCUCAGACAGCAGCUGGUGCAGAAUAAAGAGGCUCUGCCCAAUCUCC